GCCAAGCCAAGCCAAGGCAGGGAGACACAGCCCUGUUCAUCUCCCUGGGAGGGGCCCGGAUCACGCCCCCCGUGUCAGCCCCGGAGGCGGUGCAGCGCAGCGCCUGAUCCGCAGAACGCAUCUAUCAGCGCGGCUCCUGCAGAGGCGAUCAGAGCGCGCUGCGAGCAAACCCAGACAGGUUUCUCUUCGGAUGGCUGCGCGUUUGCUUCGGGAGGAGAAGCUCUCCAAGGAUCUCCCCUCCUUCACCACCACUGCUACCACCAGAGCGACGAGGAAUGGGGGAGCAGGCAUUGAGAAGGCCUUGUCCAACCAAGAGGACUUGGGAGGAGACCGGGGCAUGACAGACGAUAUCUUUGACGAGAGCUACUGUGAGAAGGAGGGCCCCAAGCCUGCCAGGAGAUACGUCUGGAGGAACAUCAUCCUCAUGAGCCUGCUGCAUUUAGGGGCCUUGUACGGUUUGUGGCUGAUACCUGCAGCAAAGCCUGUCACCUUGGUAUGGGGGUUCCUGUGUUUCCUGCUGAGUGCUCUGGGGAUAACAGCAGGAGCGCAUCGCAUCUGGAGCCAUCGGUCCUACAAAGCCAGCUUGCCCCUCAGGAUCUUUCUGGCCAUAGCCAACUCCAUGGCUUUUCAGAAUGACAUCUACGAGUGGGCCCGAGAUCACCGCGUCCACCACAAGUUCUCCGAGACUGAUGCGGACCCUCAUAAUGCCACGCGGGGCUUCUUCUUCUCCCAUGUUGGCUGGCUGCUGGUGCGCAAACACCCCGAUGUCAUUGAGAAGGGCCGGAAGCUGGACAUGGCUGAUCUGAAGGCCGACAAAGUGGUGAUGUUCCAGAGGAGGUUUUACAAGCUUUCUGUGGUGGCCAUGUGCUUCCUGUUCCCAACCCUAGUGCCCUGGUGCUUCUGGGGGGAAUCUCUUCGCAACAGCUUCUUCCUUCCCGCCAUCCUGCGCUACGUGCUGGUGCUCAACGCCACCUGGCUUGUGAACAGUGCUGCACAUAUGUUUGGCAACCGGCCCUAUGAUCGAAACAUCAACCCCCGGGAGAACCGCUUGGUCACAUUUGGAGCCUUAGGCGAAGGCUUCCACAAUUACCACCACACCUUCCCCUACGAUUACUCCACCAGCGAGUUCGGCUGGCACUACAACUUCACCACAGCCUUCAUUGAUCUCAUGUGCCUCCUGGGGCUGGCCAGCGACCGCAAGAAGGUCUCCAAGGAGACCAUCCUGGCUCGGAAAAUUCGGACUGGCGAUGGGAGCCACAAUGGCUGAGGGCCCAUUUUUUCCCCCAUGUUUUAUUUCCCCCCAAGCGAGCUGGGCACAGGGUUUUAUGUUCUAUUUACUAACCAUUGAAUAAUGCUACCAGGUUGCUUCAGAUGAUGAUGAUUUUAACCCCCUCCUGCACAAUGUAUUUUAAAUGAUGUAUUUAAGACCUAUAACUUUGUCUCUCUAAUGCUCAGCAGCUCCAUCCCUCUCUUCUCUCUUUCUUCUUUUUGUUCUUCUUUUGUCAAGUUCUCUCCCUUUUGUCUCUCUAACGCUCAGCCCUCCCUCUCCUCUCUUUCUUCUUUUUGUUCUUUUGUCUCUCUCUGGCAAGAUCUCUCUCUUUCCCUCUAACCCCUCCAUGCUUCAUUCUCUCCUUGGCAGGGAGCUGGUUGAAAGCCUGUCCAGGGCAGAUCCUGCCGCUGGCUGAAGAGUUGAGCCAAAGUCAGGGACUCUUUCCCUAGAAAUCCCCCUUUCCUGCCUCUGGCUCUCCUGCCCUCCCAGGGCUGCUGAUUCAGGGCAGACAAAGUGGCAACUGAUAUGGCCACAUCCAAGUGAAUUGAUCCUGUGCGUGACCAGCUAGAAAGCGGGGAUGAUGCUAUGUCAGAGACACAGGGGAGCCUCGUGUCUGUGCAGAUGGGCUUCCUGCAGCCAAUUAACAAGUACCUGAUAGAAACCGACACCAAAGCAGGGACACUGAGAGGGUUAAAGCAUGAGAAAGUUACAGGGUCCCAGCCCAGUGCUGUGUGUGACCUCUUCCCAGCACAGCCCUUCUGAAGCCAGGAGGUGGAGCCACGGCUACUGGGCAGAUCCAGGAUGGAGAUGGGACUGAAUUGCCCCACUGUGCCAGGGGCAGGAAAGCAUGUCAUGUGGCCCGUGAUCCGCUCCCAGCCCCUUCCAAAGCAAAUCAGAGAUGUCCUGGGGCCAGUGACUGCCUGUUGCACACACUGCAGUGGGAAGUGCUGGUGCAGCCAUUGCUGAUGGCGGCCGUUCCCGUAACUCCCCCAGACACACGGUGCUAGAGCAGGGUGCUGGCUGCUGGGCCAUGUGUAAUUCGUCCCCUGGAGACAGAGCCUUUGCUCUGGCGAGGGAGGUCCGCUGCACAGCACCGCGGCCUGGGCACGGAAGGGGCCUGUUUCACUCCUUGGCAGCACUGACAGCGGAGGCUAAUGCCAGGCUGACUGCGCUGUCUGAGGCCUCAAGACAUUGGGGGGAAGGGUUAAAACCCUUGUGCGUUUCACCCCAUAGCACUUACAGAUGCCGCGGACAGGCGUGGCAUUCCCAUCAGCCACUCGCCAGAUAGUGCUGUGGUGCUGGGUGAAAGCUAGCGAGGUGCCCAGGCUGCUGGAUCCUGGGGCAGAGCUGGGAAAGGCUGGACUGGGGUGGAGGAAUGAUGCUGAGAUGCUCCUUCCCCCUUCCCAGCUGUGCUGCGUAUCCUCAAGGGCAGGGUCCAGCCUUCCCACUUUGGCCAAGGUGAGCACAGCACUGCUGAUGUCUUGCUGCGGUCGCAAAGCUCUUGCUGUCAGCCAAGAAGUCGUCCCUGGCCUUGUUCCUGUACAUUGCUGUGACCAGAACUGUCCAGCUUUGCAGCGCAGCCUGCCCUCUAACUGAGCUAGCGAGAUGAACGGGCUCAGGAGCAGGCCACCAGCAGAUAAGCCAGUCGGGAAGCUUUUAAUUCCUGGGCUCUAUACCCGGGAGGUGGAUGGCUGGGUGGGAUUCCCCACCGCUGAGAUUUAUAAUUGCUCAUAGGGUGGCUGUGGAUAGUUUUAUCCAACCGGAUACAAAGAAACCUGCAUGUCAUAAUCCUGGGCCAGGUCCAUCCCUGGUCCAAACCCCACUGACUGGAGUCUACACCCUGGGUGAAUUUGGCCUCCCCCAAUAGUUCUUCCCUCACCUCAUCAUCCGGACAUGUUGUGUGAUGCAACCUACUGUUCAGAUACAUGACACAACAUGCUACGGCAUCCACCAUCCUCUCAGGAGAAAAGCAAGGGGUUAAUCUGUACGUUGCCUCUAGAUCCCAAGAGUAUUGAUCACAUCCAAAAAUGCUGACACAGUGGGGAAGCGGAGUGGAAGUAACAAAACAGCGCCGGUGUUUGCCCAGUCACUUUGUCAGUAAAUUGGCAUACAUCUCUGGGUGCCUUAAGUCUUUCUUUAAUACACAUAGGAGUAUUGACAGCUAUUUGCAGGAUGUUUUUCUUUCUAUGAUGAAUUAUGGAAAUUUGAUUAUUAAUUAUUUAUUUACCACUAUCAAAUUGUGGGUGCAGGUGAUUUUGAAUGUAUUGAGUUAGAAUUUGUUAGAUUAAGGGACAGAUGCAUCAUUUUAAAUAGAACCUUGUUUGCUUUGUAUUUCUUUCUUUGGUGGCAUGUUUGUAUCCUAAGUGUGUUCUCUGUGAGUUUAGCUAAAGUGAGUCAGAGUGAGAGGUGGACGUAGACAAAGCACGAGCAUGUCUAGUGGCUAGAGCAGCAGGCCUCCUGAGCUCUAUUCCCAGCUUUGCCACUGACUUACUGAGAGAUCUAGGGCAAGUCAGUUAACUGCUCCAUGCCUCAGUUUCCCUCUCUGUAAAAUAGGGAUAGCACCCUACCUCACAGGGGUGUUGUGAGGCAUAAUUAAUACUUGUAAAGUGAGAUCAGGGUGUGGAAAGCCCAAUAUACAUGUUAGUAGUGGCGGCGGUGGUGGUAAAUGACUGGAUUGCAAACAGUGUUCUCAGCCCCUCUGGUAUCCUGGAGACGGGACGUGCAAGUGUUGGAUAAGUAGUGAAGGAUUGGAAGGUUGAAUCUGUGCAUUGUCUAAGCUCUGUUGCUAUUGAAAUGUGAGUGGGAUACAACUUUCCCGGGGUUGGUUUCUGCAUUCUAAGAUCUCCAUGUUUUGUCUACUGAAAAACUUUUUGAAAUAAUUUCUACUAAUUUGGAAUCAGGCGGCUGGUUGUGCUGAUCUGAACUGGUAUCUGUUCAUAAUAAAAGUUUACUUCAAAAUUCAA